UGAGCGACAUGGCGGCGGCGCCGCCGCUCGACGACGAGAACCUACUCACCGAGAUCCUCCUCCGCCUCCCGCCGCUCCCGUCCUCCCCCCCGCGCGCAUCCCUCGUAUGCAAGCGCUGGCGCAGCCUCACCUCCGACCCAGCCUUCGCCCGCCGCUUCCGCAUCCACCACCGCCGAAACCCUCCCCUCCUCGGCUACUUCCACGGAGUUUUUGACGAGAUCCCCUUCGAACCUAUGCGCUUCGAGCCUACUCUGAAGGCCCCCAAUCGCGUUCCGCCCGGGCGCCUCUCCUUGCAGCUUGACUCCAACCUCCAUGUACUGGGGUGCCGCCAUGGCCUCGUAUUAAUCUUGGACUGGCCCCAGCUCCUGGUGUGGGACCCCGUCGCCGGCCACCAGCACCGCCUAGCCUAUCCCCCGGGGUUCGAUCCGGACAAGUCCAACGGGGCGGUGCUCCGCUCUGCUGCCGGUGCCGGCGAGGUUCACUUCCAGGUCGUCUUGGUCGUCGUGUCAGAUUAUGAAAAAAAGUUGCUCGCCUGUGUCUACUCGUCAGAGACUGGGGCGUGGGGUUCUCUAAUCUCAACACCAACUCCAUCCGGGGACUCCCCUGACAGUGACACCAGGGUUUGGUGGGAGCCCGCUGUGCUAGUUGGGGAUUCCCUUUACUGGAUGAUCAUUGAUACCACUUUGUCCAAUCUCCUUGAGUUCGAUUUGAAGACGGAGAGCCUAGCCGUGAUGCCGCUGCCACCGGAUAAGUCGCGUGAUGCAGAAAGCGGGGUUAGUCACAAGCAUUUCACUGUCAUGCAGGCAGAGGGUGGUGGUGGGCUGGGCUUGCUCUCUGUGUCAGGCUUCACCGUCCAAUUAUGGAAGAGGAAGACCGGUUUCGAUGGCGUUGCAUCAUGGGAGAUGGGAAGAACUGUUGAACUGGACAAGCUUCUCUCUAUGGAUUCACAUGAUUUCUUGACCAUACAAGGGUAUGCCGAGGACAAUUAUUUGGUGUUCCUGUGGACCGGUAGGAGCGUCUUCAUGGUCAAGCUUGAGCCAUUUCGGUGCGAGAAACUUUUAGACACCAACAAGUGGGAUCGUUAUUGUCCAUUUGAAACCGUCUAUGCUACAGGUACCUAGAUUUGUAUUCUGGUUGCCAGAUGCAGGAAUUGGCUUCUUCAAUGUGGGUUCAUCACUUUUCUGUACCUCACUGUUCAUGUGAAGAUCAUUGGUCUAUGUUGCAUGCAUGGUCAACUAGGAAGUGGAAUCAUAGGAUUGAUCGUUAAUUGCUAACUUCCCUAUGUUAUCUUAUUGUUGGACACAAUUAGCUAACUGGCUUGAUGAAGAUACAGACUUGCUUGGGUUAAUUAGCAUUUGUGGUACAUUUGCUUUAUGCUUUCGAAGCAAGCAAGCUUGGCUUA